UAAUGGAGAAUGUGGUCCUCGGACAUUGUUGUCCUUGUUUCACCAUAUAAUCUCAUUUUUAUUCCUUUUUCUUAAGUUAGAUAGCUAAGUAUGUUGCCUUUAUAUAUAAUGAAAAGCCUUAAAUCAAAGCUACCUUGAUCUUUUUCCUACUCAACAUUAUAUUUAUAGCUACCGUUAUCACUACAACUCUCUUCACUCUUGCUUGUUUUGCAUUUUUGUAAGGAAAAAAUAUGGAAGGAUAUAGUAACGAUGAUGAUCUAAGGGGGAUCAAUAUUGUCUAUUGCCAAGCAGACAAUUGCACGGCAGACUUGACCGAGGCGAAGCGUUAUCAUCGCCGUCACAAGGUAUGUGAGUUCCACGCCAAGGCUCCGGUGGUCAUCGUGAAAACGAGUCAUCAACGAUUUUGUCAACAAUGCAGCAAGUGCGUAACAACAUUCCUCCUCCUUCACACCCAGAAAUACUUCUACACUAUAUCUGUGCGUGUGAGCAAAUUCUUAGCUAGGUUCCAUGACCUAUCAGAGUUCGACGACACGAAAAGGAGUUGCCGGAUGAGACUAGCCGGACACAAUGAAAGGAGACGGAAGAACUCCUACGAUGUUUCAGGAGAACCCUCUGCAGUCUAAGGCUAAAGAGGGCAAGAGAGAUCGAUCGAGAAACCGGCCUGACGCGCAGCGGCGGAUCAUCAAGGGGGUGAUUGUGAUUAUUAUAGAUUAAACCAUAGAUUAGGCCUACAAUCAAUGGCAUAAUCAUUGGUUUUUUCUCUAAUAGUGAUUAAUCAUUCUUUUGAAUGCUCUCUAUCUUCUGUCAAACCCCAUUCCUCUGUGUGAUCUUUGUCCUACCCUAAAUAAUUUCCAGUUAAGAUUAUUCAUGUUUUUUUUUUCUUUUUUUUUUUUUAUAUAUUUUAUUAAUAUUGUGUGAAAUUCUUAUGUUUUUGUACGUGAUUAAUUUCCAUGCAUUAUCAAUAUGCUUCAUCAAUCCUAAGGUCGUUUCAUGUACAAGUGUUUUUUUCCCCUAAUUAAUCAAGUGUAGUAUUGUGGAGAGUUA